AUGUCCUCUUUCAACCCAGAGCUGACGAGAAGCCAGAUUUUCUCUCAAAUUCCGCAUGUACCCAUGGAAGGCGCUCAUUGGACCGCUCAAGGGGUGCCGGACCCUAUCGAUGCCGAUGAUGACAUGUCCAUGGGCAUGCUGUCGUCCACCGCCUCGCUCCGCUCCAGCAUCUUGAGAGCUCUAGAGGAGAAUGGCAGAAAGUACCACGGCUACAAAGACGGCAAAUAUGUGCUGCCUAUUGACGAGCAAGAACUAGAGCGGCAAGAGAGCCAGUAUUAUCUAUGCCUGGAGACCUUCGAGAAGAAGCUCUACUUUGCGCCCGCAGACCGUGCCCACCGGGUGCUUGAUGCCGGAUGCGGUAUCGAUCUCUUGGGUGGACAGAACCACUGGGCGACGUGCUGCAUCCUUGCUGACGUGUCUCAAAUCUUUGCUAUAUUAGCCGAGCAGCAUCCACACUCCGAGGUCAUCGGGGUCGACCUGUCACCGAUACAGCCAACAUUCAUGCCACCAAACGCCAUUUUCCAGAUCGACGACCUCGAGGAGGACUGGAACUUCAGCUUCAAGUUCGACUACAUCCACACGCUCAUGAUGGCGGGGGCGUUUCGGGACUGGCCGCGGUUCCUGGGCCAGUGCCACGAGUUCCUGGAGCGGGGCGGCUACGUCGAGGUGCAGGACAUCGACUUCCCCCUGCGCUGCGACGACGGCACCAUGCGGCCCGACAGCGCCGUCCGCCGCUGGUCGGACCUGAUGAUGGAGGCCGGGGAGCGCUCGGGCUUCAAGCUCGACGAGUGCGGCCGCGUCGCCGACAUGAUGCGCGCCGCCGGCUUCGUCGACGUCGUCAGGGUCCCCUUUUGCUGGCCCGUCAACCGCUGGCCCCGCGACCAGAGGCUCAAGCAGCUCGGGCUCUGGGCCGAGGAGAACUUCGCCGAGGGUUGCGAGGCCAUGAGCAUGGCACUCUUCACCCGCUUCAUGGGCUGGACCAAGGAGGAGGUCGUCGACUUUAGCGCCCGCGUCCGAGCGGACCUGUCCGACACCAGCAUACAUGCCUACUUCCCCAUCUAUGUCACUUACGGCCGGAAACCCUGA